AUUCAAGCUAAGGUAUGUUCUGUGUUCUGUGGUAGAUUCUCAUUUCUCACUCGAUCAAAAAUAUAAAAUAAAAUUAUUGCUUUACGAUUAUUAUUAUAUUAUGCUUGUACUUAUAUGGUUUUCGAACAAGAGAAUGUGUUUAGAUAGCAGCUACCUAUAAAUUCUCUCUAUUUUCGUAACUCCUAAGGUCUUAUUUGUGACGUGACUUUUUCUUUUAAAAUGGCAUCGUCGUUGGAAAAUUUAGAAACUCAAUUAGAAAUUUUUAUAGAAAAUGUGAGACAGAUUCAUAUUAUUGUAAGUGAUUUUCAACCUCAGAGUCAAAACGUUCUCAAUCAAAAAUUGCAGGCAUUAGUACAUGGAUUACAAGAAGUUGAUAAAUUGAAAUCACAAGUUCAAGAUGUUCACGUCCCUCUGGAAGUAUUUGAUUAUAUUGAUCAGGGACGAAAUCCACAAUUGUAUACUAAAGACUGCAUUGAAAAAGCUUUAGCCAAAAAUGAGCAAGUGAAGGGAAAAAUUGAUGCUUAUAGGAAAUUUAAAGCAAAUAUGCUCUUGGAAUUAAGUAGAACUUUUCCUAAUGAAUUAAGCAAAUAUAGAGCAUUGAGAGGAGACGAAUAAAGUAAAAUGUCGGCUGACAUUUUAAGGAAAGUAGGGAUCUAGGUUCAAGUAUAUUAAGUACUAUCUUCAGAAACUUACGGAAACUUAUAAUACCUGUGUUUAUGUACACUUAAUUCUUUCAGCUGGAUUGCCAGUCCUUAUAAAUACCAAGACAUCUUUACUUACAGUUUUGUAAUUUUUUAUCUUAUCUUGAACUUUCAAAUAAGAAUUGUUAAUACAUUUAUAACAAAAAAACCGUUAGGUUCAAUUUGAAGUAUAAUUAUUGUAAAUAGGUACAUAUUUUUCAGAAUAUAAAUUAAAAAUUU